CCAGCCAUGACAGCUUCCUGCAGACGGACGGGUCUCCUUCACAGACGGGAGGAUGAACUGACUGAGGGCUCCUAGAGUUUACCAGGUCGGCAUGCAGUGGAAACAGCGGCUGGAGUAAAUUUUAUUUUAUUUUUCAGAGGACAGCGAAUGCCUCAGCGGGACACCGAGAGGAAAUGAGUAACGCGAUGGACGGUUCGGCGGGGCCAGGUGUGAGGGCGAAUGGACAGAUCCGACCCCCCAGCAGCAGCAGCAGCCCGGCGCCGCCGCCGCCGCCGUCGCCGUCAGACCCUGCCGUGUCCCCAGAAGAGCUGGCCGAGGAGCAGCAGUCCUCUCUGACGGACGUCACUCAGAUGUGGAUUAAGUUCGCCAAAACCUUCGCCAUCAUAUUCCCGGUCUACGUGAUGGGGUACUUUGAGUUCAGCUUUAGCUGGGUUCUGAUUGGACUGGCCCUCCUGUUUUACUGGAGGAAGAACUACAGCAAUAARGACUACAGGAUAAACCAGGCCUUGGCGUACCUGGAGCACGAGGAUAGAGCCGUAAAGCAAAUUAUGCCGACWGCUGAGCUGCCACCGUGGGUCCAUUAUCCAGAUGUGGAGAGAGUUGAGUGGCUCAAUAAGACGGUGAAGCAGAUGUGGCCGUUCAUCUGCCAGUUUGUGGACAAGUUGUUCAGAGAGACCAUCGAGCCGGCGGUGAAGGGAGCCAACCCCCAUCUCAGCACCUUCUGCUUCACCAAGAUCGACCUGGGYGACAAGCCGCUGAGGGUAAACGGGGUGAAAGUUUACACAGAAAACGUAGACAAGAGACAGGUCAUCAUGGACCUACAGAUCAGUUUUGUUGGAAACACAGAAAUUGACGUGAACAUCAAGAAGUACUACUGCAAGGCUGGAAUCAAAAGUAUUCAGCUCCACGGAGUGUUGAGGGUGGUGAUGGAGCCUCUCCUGGGGGACAUGCCUCUGAUCGGAGCCCUGUCCGUCUUUUUCCUCAAAAAACCUAUGCUGGACAUUAAYUGGUCAGGACUCACAAACAUGCUGGAUAUUCCUGGAGUAAAUGGAUUGUGCGACAGCCUCCUCCAGGACAUCAUCUACAGCUACGUGGUGCUGCCGAACAAAAUCAACAUCCCUCUGGUGGGAGAGGCCGACCUGGCCAGACUCCGCUUCCCCAUCCCCAAGGCCGUUCUAAGAAUCCACUUCAUGGAGGCUCAGGACCUCCUGAGUAAGGACAAGCUGUUGGGAGGGUUGAUCAAAGGCAAGUCGGACCCAUACGGAAUCGUCAAAGUCGGGACGAAUAUUUAUCACAGCAAAGUCAUCCAAGAGAACUUAAACCCAAAGUGGAACGAGGUGUACGAGGUUAAAAUGUAUGAGAACUCAGGAUGGGACUUGGAGGUUGAGCUGUUUGAUGAAGACACUGAUAAAGAUGACUUCCUGGGAAGUCUUCACAUUGACUUGGACGAAGUCAAGAAAGAGCAGAAGGUUGAUCAGUGGUUUGAUUUGGAUGAAGUGGCCCAUGGGAAGCUGCACCUCAGACUGGAGUGGUUGUCUCUGCUGUCCAAGCCUCAGAAACUGGACCAGGUGCUGGGAGCCAUCAAGGCAGACCGCGGUCAGGCCAACGACGGCCUGUCGUCCGCGGUUCUCGUCGUCUUCCUGGAUUCAGCCAGAAACCUGCCGAGCAUCUUUGAGGGGGACGUGGGCUCUGGCUAUUUAAAGGAGAGGCGUGAGGGCAGCCUUGUGUUUUGUGAGAACACGUCUUCUCUCUAUAGGACCUUAUUUCGCAAUCCMUUAGAGUUCAACCCAACGGGGCUGAAGAAGGCCUCGGUCAAUAAGGCCAUCAAGUCUGGUAAAAAAGUGACCAGUGAACCCACUCCGUUUGUCCAGUUCACAGUGGGACACCAGUCCUUUGAAAGCAAGGUCAAAUAUAAAACCAAUGAACCAGUUUGGGAGGAAGCUUUCACCUUUUUCGUCCACAAUCCCAAAAUCCAAGAGCUGGAGGUUGAGGUGAAGGAUCAGAAACACGAGUGUUCGUUGGGAAAGAUCACUGUUCCUCUGACUGACCUGCUGGAGGCAGAGAACAUGACUCUGAACCAGCGCUUCCCUAUCAAAAGCGCCGGCCCGAGCUGCAGCGUGAAGAUGAAGAUGGCUCUGCGGCUCUUGUGUCUGGAAAAAGACACAUCCGUCCCUUCAAACWCCGCCCCGUCCUCCGUGCAGGUCCGCAAGUCCAGUUCCAGCAACCCGCUGCCUCCUGCUUCCUCCGAGGCCUCCAAAACUCCGUCUACUGCUCACAAGCCCCCCAAAUCCUCCGUGUCGGCUCAGGACACGCUGACCCGGCGGAAGGAGGUCGAGGAGGCCGUCAGGACUCCAGGAGGUGCAGCUCAGGGUGGUCGAGGAAAAGAUGCAGCCACAGUGGGAGGAGGAGGAGGAGGAGGAGGAGGAGUAGGUCAGAACUUAUCAGAAACCGGGAGGAGCACGUCUAACCUGAACAUCUCGGGUUCCCAGCUGUACCUGGCUGGAGGCAAGGAGUCGACGCCCAGCAUCGCUUCGGACAUCUCCAACCCGUUCGCUGCUCAGGAGCUGCAGCAGAGAAUCCAGCAGCUGCAGAAUGGGUCCGGUCCCAACCACUUCCCUCUGGGUGAGGUCCAGCUGACCAUCAGGCACAGCUCACAGAGGAACAAACUGAUCGUGGUGGUUCACUGCUGCAGAAACCUGAUUGCGUUCACGGAUCACGGCUCAGAUCCUUACGUCCGGCUCUACCUGCUUCCCGACAAACGGAGGUCAGGCAGGAGGAAAACUUCAACGGUUAAAAAAUCACUUAAUCCACAGUACGACCAGACGUUUGAGUUUAACGUCUCCGUCAUGGAGCUUCAGAGGCGAACUCUGGAUGUGGCCGUAAAGAACGGUGGGCGUCUGCUUUCUAAACACAAAGGCCUUCUGGGAAAGGUUCUGGUGGAUUUGACCAACGAUGAAAUCAACAAAGGUUUUACACAAUGGUAUGAGCUGACUGAAGACGGGCUGCCAACGCUGCUCCAAGUAUAAGAUGUCUUCAUUAUCAUCAUCGUCAUCAUCAUCAUCAUCAUCAUCACCAUCAUCUGUAUAAUCGUCAUAUCGUCACUAUUUCGCUUAAGUCCAUUCAUUCCCCCAAAACCUGUAACUAAAUGGAGAAAAUGACUCGUCUGACAUCACGAGCACAGCUUUAAGAAGUGAGUGRUCAACUAAAGGAUCAGAAAAUAUAAAGAUAUAUAUAAAUAUAUAUACUUAAUGUACUGCAAUAUUUAUAGACAAAGCUAUAUCUUUUUUGUUUUUUUGCUGCAACAGUUUUGUAAAUAAUGUAAAAUGAUGCUGGACAGAUAAGGUUUGUAUUCCUCAGAUAUCAGAGAGGUGUGGUGUCUUACUGGCCAAACGAUUGUAAUUUUAUUCCAUUAAUUUUUAUUAUUAUUUUUAUUCUGUUUUAUGAAAAACAUUCUUGACACUUU